GAAAUAUUUGACGCAAAAGUCAUAGUCAUCCAUAAAACACCAUCAUAAUGUCUUUCAAGAGUUUUCCAGUUGGUUUUGGUUUGCUUCUCUUCGGGAUUCUUGCUUUGAAUGCAUACUCAGAGAUGGCGUCCGCGCAAAAAUGUCUGCCUGGGCAGUUCUCUUUCACUUUCGCCAUGACCCUAAGUUGUAAUGGAUGUACCAUGAAAUGCAACGGGUGGUGUUCUUUAAAAGGAUUACCAUCUUAUAAUUUCUGCAAUGGCGGAGGUUUUGGUGUGAGAUCAUGUUUGUGUUGUUGUGGAACAAAAACACAACCUCCAAAACCGAAACCACCUGUACCAUCACCCCCACCUCCAUCACCACCACCACCAUCUCCACCACCCCCACCUCCUCCAAGAUCUCCACUAGAUUUAUGUGAUCCCAGUGAAAUUUCUUUUUCGAUCCCAUCCCCUGGUUGCCCAAUUUGUCCAGUGUGUAACUGUCCAGGUGGUGUACCUCCAGAACUUUCAGCCUGUGUUGCUAACUACUGCAGCUGUUGUUGCCCGAGCACCCUCUCAUCAUCAACAAAGACUCCUGGUUCGCUUUUAUUCGCAAGAGCAUAGAGAAUAAUAUUCCCGUAAAUUAGCUAUCAGGCGGUCAUGAACUAGCUGCAGUCAAUGUGAUGUCUAGAAUGAUCUUUAUUAUGCGUUUAAUAACAAUU